CUGGAAGUCCUUGAGAUCUUCUUCUACCACCUCUCUCUCUCUCUCUCUCUGAACAGAAAUGGAAGCAAGUGACACAACAACAUCUGUAACAACGACUUCCCUUCCUUUCUUCAUUUCCCCAUCUACGUCGCCAACGUCAUCUCCUCCAACGAUUGUAGUCAGCCCGUGUGCCGCUUGCAAGAUUCUCCGCAGGAGAUGCAUCGAUAAAUGUGUUCUUGCCCCCUACUUUCCGCCGACGGAACCCCUCAAAUUCACCACAGCGCAUAGAGUCUUCGGGGCCAGCAACAUCAUCAAGUUCUUGCAGGAUCUCCCUGAGCCUCAAAGGGCCGAUGCAGUGAGCAGCAUGGUUUAUGAAGCCAAUGCUAGGAUUCGGGAUCCCGUAUAUGGAUGUGCAGGCGCAAUUUGCCACCUCCAAAAGCAGGUGAACGAACUCCAGACCCAACUCGCUCAGGCUCAGGCAGAGGUACUCAACAUGCAGACACAGCAAGCGAACCUAAUGGCCAUCAUAUGCAUGGAGAUGGCACAUUCUCAACAGCCCCAACUCGACAACGGCUACUUAGCCACUAAUCCUUACAUGGCCAAUACUGAUAGUGUUAGCUUCCUCGAUAACAGCGACAGUGACAGCAACAACAACAUCAACAACCCAGACUCGUUGUGGGAACCUUUAUGGACGUGAACGAGAUUUUCUAGUGCAGAAUAAGAGAAUCGCGAGCAAUAUUAAUAAGACUGAUCGAAUUUUUAUUAGGAUUAGAUUCAAAGAGAUGUAAACGAGUAAAAGUGCUAGCAUAUGAAAAUUCAAUCUU